UCCCUUCUCCUCAUUCAUGAAAUCAUCCUGCUGAACAAUAAUGUGACUGAGUUCAUUCUGCUUGGGUUGACCCAGGAUCCUGUUAGGAAGAAAAUAGUGUUUGUCACAUUCUUGAUUUUCUAUUUGGGGACAUUGCUGGGUAACCUGUUGAUUAUUAUUACCAUCAAGAUCAACCAGGCACUUGGGAGUCCAAUGUACUUCUUCCUUUUUUACUUAUCCUUAUCUGAUACCUGCUUCUCUACUUCCACAGCCCCUAGAAUGAUUAUGGAUGCUCUUUCUACGAAGAGCACUAUCUCUUUCAGUGAGUGCAUAAUACAAGUCUUUUCAUUGCAUUACUUUGGUAGCCUAGAGGUCUUUAUCCUAAUUCUUAUGGCUGUUGACCGCUAUGUGGCCAUCUGUAAGCCCCUGCACUACAUGACCAUCAUGAGCAGACAGGUCUGUGGUGCAUCAGUGGGUGUGGCCUGGAUGGGGUCCUGUGUGCAUUCUUCUGCUCAAAUUUAUCUGACCUUGAGUUUAACUUUCUGUGGUCCCAAUGUGAUUGAUCACUAUUUCUGUGACUUGCAGCCUCUAUUGAAACUUGCCUGUACAGACACCUAUGUGGUCAAUCUACUCUUGGUGUCCAAUAGUGGGGCCAUUUUUAUGGUGAGUUUUGUCAUGCUGAUGUUCUCCUAUGUUAUCAUCUUGCAUUCUCUGAGAAACCACAGUGCUGAAGGGAGGAGAAAAGCCCUCUCCACCUGCAUUUCCCACAUCACCGUGGUCAUCUUGUUCUUUGGUCCUUGCAUAUUUAUAUACACACGUCCUGCAAUCACCUUCCCCAUGGAUAAGAUGAUAGCUGUGUUUCAUACAAUUGGAAUACCUUUGUUAAACCCUCUGAUUUAUACACUGAGGAAUGCAGAAGUAAAAAAUGCCAUGAGGAAGUUAUCGAGCAAGAAGUUGAUUUCAGAUGACAAAAGGUGAAAGGAAGUUUCAAAUUUUUCUUAACAGUUUGGAUUGACCUAGAAAUUCAUAGAGGAUAAGAACUUCCCACAAUGGAAUUAUUACAAUCCUAACUUGGGGCAUGAGAAUUAGUUCCUUCAGGAAAAUAAGUAAACACAGAAAUUGGCCAGUUUUGAGUCAAAUUUAUGAUGAGGAAGAGACAGCACUAUGUACUAACUGGCAUGUAAGGACCAUUGCCUUAUUUACCACUCACCGUUGUGUCUCUGCCUCUGGCCUCAGUAGUAUCACUUCCAGUUUUGAGUUAAUGUUUUUCCUGCUCUUCAUCAUGUUGAAUUAUGUUUUUUCCUACUUCUAGAUUUACCUCCUCCCCUUAUGCUUAUAUCCACAGCCUAGCUGUUUUUACCUCUUCCAAAGUUUUUCAUUUAUUAGACACUUCUGUCUCAUCAUGUUUGAUCAUGGAUCUUCAACUUACUUGUCCUCCUGACUUGGCAGAAUAUACCACAUUAAAAUAAUUGUAGAAAGUUCAUUUGGUAAGGGCUAAUAAAAAAUCUAGUAAUCUCCCUUCCUAUUCUUGAGCAUUUUCUCCAAAUAUAAGCCAUGUGUUUACCUAGAUCUUUCUCAAACAGUAAAAACAAUGAGGAAAUUCACCAUUCUGAGCUAAGUCUUUGAUCGUAAGAAGACUUUGUCUAUUGGGUUUAUUCUCAGAAUUGUAUUCUUUUGGCAAAAUCUACUUUAUGCUCCUAACUUGAAUCCUUCUAACUUGAGGGGAGUGGUAUUAAAGAUUCUUUUGAAUCAUAUACAUUAAUUCUACCAUAGAAGGCCCAAAUGAAGGGUGGUAUAUUUAUGUAGUCAAGAAGUAGAGAGAGUAAUCCAUCAAUGUUACUGAAUUUUAAAAUACUAAUAGAAUAAAACAAUGAAUGAGAUAAACUGAGGAGGAUAUUUAGGUUUUAAAACAGCAAUAUUUACAUAACUGUUAUGAAUUACAAAUUUCCUUUCUGGAAAAGCAAAACUGUAGAAACAGUAAAAAUUCAGCGGUUGCCAGGGGUUCAGGGAGAGAAAAGAAUAGACGAAUAUGCAGAAUAGAGGUCAUUUUUAGGGAAAGGAAAUAUUAUUUAUGAUACUGUAAUGAUAGAUACAUGACAUAAUGCAUAAGCCAAAAUCCAUAAAACUACAAUACCCAGUGCAUGCCAUAAUGUAAACUUUAAUGUAACAUAAUGGACUUUAAUGCAAAUGUAAUAAUUUUGGUUCAUCAGUGUAAUGAAUGAACGAAAUUAAUGCAAUAUGUCAGUAAAUGGGGAAACUGCGGAGGGACAGAGCAGAUAUGUGGUAACUCACCUUCCUUUUUCCAUAA